AAACCGAGUUAAAUACCGGGUUAAAGAGAGUUAAAAUGUAAGUUGAAUAUAAUAUUAGAGGAAAGUGUAGAGGAAGUGAAUGAUGGCGCGCUGCAGAUCAGUAAUUAAAGCUCUGAUCUUUCUUCUAUUUACUCUUCAGCUUUCAUCAGCAGUGAAACACUCUCUGCAGUACGUCUACACUGCAGUUACACCAGGAAUAAAUUUCCCAGAGUUCACUGUUGUUGGUCAGGUGGAUGGACAGCAGAUUGAAUAUUACGACAGUAACCUCAGGAAAAUGAUCCCAAAGACAGAGUGGAUCCAAAACAAUGAGGGAGAAGAUUACUGGAACAGACAGACACAGAUUAUGCAGAUGCAUCAGGAGAGCUUCAAAGUCAACGUGGCAACUCUAAUGCAGCGCUUCAAUCAGACUACAGGAGUUCACACAGUACAGAAGAUGUACGGCUGUGAGGUUGAUGAUGACGGCACUGUUAGAGGAUAUGAGCAGUUUGGUUAUGAUGGAGAAGAUUUUAUCAGUUUUGAUCUGAAGACUCUGAGUUGGGUCGCUACCACACGUGAGUCUGUGAUCACCAAGAACAAGUGGGAUCCAAAUACUGGCUUUAAUAAGAAUGAGGAGAAUUACCUGAAGAACAUCUGUCCUGAGUGGCUACAGAAAUACCUGACUUACGGCAAACACACUCUGGAGAGGAAAGAUCGUCCUGAGGCGUCUCUGUUCCAGGAAGAAAUUUCUUCUCCAGAGGUGGUGUGUCAUGCUACAGGUUUCUUCCCUAAAGCACUGAUGAUCUCCUGGCAGAAGGACGGACAGGACGUGUAUGUGGAUGUGAAGCUCAGAGAGACGUUACCCAACCAGGAUGGAAGCUUCCAGAAGAGGAGCAUUCUGAAAGUCUCAGCUGAGGAGCUGCAGAAACACACCUACACCUGUGUGAUUGAGCACAGCAGCUUGGAGAAGGAUUUAGUGCUGCCUGUGAGCGAGAGACGAAUCCUGAGAGGUGAAGGAUCAGAUGGAGGACUGAUUGGGAUCAUCGUUGGUGUGGUCGUAGCUCUCGUUGUUCUUGUUGCUGUUGUGGCUGGAAUUGUGGUCUGGAAGAAGAAGAACUCUGGAUUCAAACAUGUUCCUGUUCCAUCCAGAGCCUCCUCUGAUGGAGAUUCUUCCUCCAAUAACUCCUAAAGUGUGAGAGUGUGUGAUCCUGCUGCAGUGAGAGAGAGAGGAGGAGAGGAAGAGGAGGAUCAUAUACACACACACACACACACACACACACACACACACGCACACACGCACACACACACACCCUUUUCCACUUAUAAUUAUUAUAUUCAUUAUAUAUUAUUAUAAUUAUAAUUGUUUGCACUUAUAGACUUUGGAUUGCUUCAUAUAUCAUUGUUUCCCCCCCAAUGGUGACCAACCCCUCAGUGGCACAUUUCUCAAGGCACAUUCUAUCUGCCAAUCUGCAUUCGAGUUUGAUGCGAUGUUCUGUGUAUAAAUGGAGCAUAUUUUAUUGUGAAUCUGCUGUUACUACUCGUGUAUUUUUGCUUGCUGUAAUUGAUUUCUGCAGACUUUGAUUUUAUAUACACACCUGGUAAUUACAGUGUGUUAAAAGUGUCACAGGUAUGUAAACAUUUAUUUUUCAUUACUCUGAUUAAUAUUUCAUAUAUUUGUUCUUUUUAGGACAUGUUUUUUACUAGCAGUUCCACAUUUACUAUUUUUAUCUCUGAGAUAUACACACAUGCACACACAAAAUUAAACUAUUUUACUUAUAAGUGCACUGCAUGGAGAAACUGAUAGAAGGUUACAUGUAAUAUUACUUGUAUAGAUUGAAGUGAGAUGUAAAACCUUUACAGGAGCUUCGGUACUGUUCAGGUUUGCUGUGGCGCUUAAUGCUGCCUGUUAUCAGUAAUUAUACUACAUCAUAAAUUAUAGCUCAGAAUUACUUUUUUUUCUAGCAUAACUUUCAAAAUUAAACUGCCACUCCUUAGCUCUUUUACAACAAUAAUGACGCAAGUGAUUCCUUAAUUCUGAUUGGUCAGAGUCUGAUUUCUGUUCAGUCUCUAAAUCUUGUAGUUUUCAAUAGGAUUGACUCAUUAAAUUGUUAUUGUUUUUUUGUGUGUGUUAUAAGGUGAAUAUGUGAAAAGUUGGACAAUUAAACUUUAGGCACUGUAUGGUAA